CGAUGUACAAACUACUCAUUUCUUGAUCUUAAUACAAUAUUGAGCAAACCUUAGACGUAUUCGAGAAACAAAACUUCAUAAACAAAACCCAUAGUGCCUAACGAAGUAAUGAAAAUGAAACCAAUAGUGAGGAUAGAUACUCUCAAUGCAAAACCUCGCAUGCCGGUCAGCAUGGGCUAAUCUCGCUUGUCCUAUUAGCUUUUUUUGUUGUUGUCACCAUCAAUGCAUUUCUGCCUGAUUUUCAUCAUCCUGGCGAGUAAUCCUGGCCACUGGCACUGUCCCUUGUUGCGUUACUCUGUUCCCGUGGGCCGUGGCAAUGGCAAUGGCAACGGCUUGGGCGUGGACCUAACAAUUCGUUCCUCCUCCACGUCAAAGUCUCCGCUUCCGUUCUUCCUCCACUGGACUCCACUCCUCUUCUCCUUGGGAUCCCAAUCCCGAUUUCUAUUUCUAUAUCCUGCUCAACUCAACGCGGAUGCUCCAGUCAAGUGCCAGUGCACCUCGAGCACGCGCAGGAAGGCAGGAAGCCCGCCGCCGUUCGCUUUGGAUGAUGCCAAUGGCCUCCUCGAGCCUCGGCCGCCUCGUGGUGGCCGUGGCCUUGCUGCUCACGUCGUCCGCCCUCCUCUGCGUCGACGCGUCGGUGCACGACUACGCCGGCGAACGGUUCGCGGCCGACGGCAACGCCUUCGUCCUCCACGGCGGCAGCGAGGGCGUCUACGCCUCCGCUAAGGCCGCCGCGUUCAUCCGGUACGUACGUAUGAAACCGCGUCAGCGGAUCAAUUCAUCGCUUCUUUGCCUUCUUGGGGAGGAGAGGGAUCGAGGGGAUGUGGCUAUGGCGCUGACGCGGUGUGUUUGUUUCUUGAUCCGCGCAUGCAGCUUCGAGAAGGUCGCGUUCUUAAGGACGCCGGAGUCGGCCGCCGCGGCCGAGGUGGACGGCAACCGCACGGCCACGGUCACGGCGGUCAUCUUCGAGGCCGGCGACCGCGACGCCGUCGGGGGCACGGACGUCUCUGUCACCGGCGGGCGUGCGCUCUGCUGCACGGCGGACAUGGCGAAGCUCGGGGCGUGCACCGAGGGUGCGGCGACGUACCGCGCGCGGAACGGCACCGGCUGGCCCAGGGUGCUCGCGGCCUCCUUCCUCCCGGGCGCCCUCGAGGCGGCGUUCCCGGACGAGACCGUCAGCAUGGCGCGCACCGGCAUGUACACCCUCCUGUUCGUCCACUGCGACGCCUCGCUCGCCGGCGGGCAGGUGGACGCGCGGGGCAAGACCAUCUGGAAGAACAGCCGGGGCUACCUCCCGGGGCGGAUGGCGCCGCUGCUGCCCUUCUACGGCGCCAUGUCGCUGGCGUUCGCGGCGCUGGCGGCGUACUGGUUCGCGCAGUGCGCGCGGUUCUGGCGGGAGGUGGUGCCGCUCCAGAGCUGCGCCACGCUGGUGAUCGCGCUGGGGAUGCUGGAGGCCGCCACCUGGUACUUCGACCUCGCCGAGUUCAACGAGUCCGGCGUCCGCCCCCGCGGCGCCACGUUCUGGGCGGCCACGUCCGGCGCGCUCCGCGGCGCGGUGGCGCGCGUGCUAGUGCUGGCCGUGGCCAUGGGCCACGGCGUGGUGCGGCCCGCACUGGCGGGGCUGAAGAGCGCCAGGGUGGCCGGCCUCGGCGCCGCGUUCUUCGCCGCCGCGGAAGCACUCGAGGUCAGCGAGAACGUCGGCACCGUGAGCGACCACUCGCCGUCGCCCACGAGGAGGCUGUUCCUGGUGCUCCCUGUGGCGGCCCUCAACGCGGUGUUCGUGUACUGGAUAUUCAGCUCGCUGUCGAAGACGCUGAACAAGCUCAAGGCGAAAAGAAUGACGGCGAAGCUGGAGAUGUACCGGAGGUUGAACAAUGCCUUGAUCAUCGCGGUGGCCGUGUCACUCGGCUGGAUCACAUUUGAGGUCCACUUCAAGUCGACGGACGAGUACAACGAGCGGUGGCGCGCGGCGUGGGUGAUCCCGGCGGUGUGGCAGGUCAUCUCCUUUUCGCUGCUGUGCGCCGUCUGCCUCAUGUGGGCGCCCUCGCAGAGCUCGACGAGGUACGCCUACCUGGAAGACGACGACGAGGAGGAGGAGGGCGAGGGCGAGGACGAGGACACGCGGCCGCUGAUCAGACCCGGCCCGCUGUCGUACGUGGACAACUGGGCCAUCUCCGUGUCCAAGGACGCCACCACCGUCAUUCUGAGAACCGACUCCGGCGUGUACACGAAAGCCGCCGGCGAUGGAGGCAAGCGGGUGUAGUGAAGCACCAGCGACGAUCCAGAGGUUGACGAUACAACUAUACGAGAGCAAGUAAGGCGUUGCGUCAGCAAGAUAUGUCAGAGAGUGGCAGCUGUGUCUGUACGCUCGUUUGCAGUGUUGCUCGUUUCUUUGAUAAUCUCAAGGCUUUAGCUAGAGUAGGCUAAAGCUGGUGACAGAUGCAAAGCCGCAAGCAAGUGCGUGUAGACGGCGUGUAAUGUAGCCUCUCUCUAGGCUGAUUUUUGCGCGAGUAAGUAGAAACAUGACGCGUUCGAGAAGAACGACUCUAAACUGUAAGGACUGCCAAGUUCAAAUGACAACAGGGCCCAGUGUUUCAUCCUCUUCA